AUGAAUGUGCCCUCGAACUCCGCUGUCUACGUCACGUCGAUCAACGAGAAUGGUGCCAUAGAGAGCAAACCUACGAUAUCAUCACCUAAAUCGCAACCGAAGUCUUUGCAAGCGAAACCGGCGCCGGUCAUAGCGAACGGUGUUGCGGAAACGAAAGAAAAUCGAGAAGAGAACGAACCGGAGAAGCACGAACAAGACUCUAGUGAGAAGUUGAAGGUGACAGUGGAGUGUGAAGUGAGAGUGGAAAGUGAAGUGAGUGGAGAGAAGAGUGACGCGUUGAGUGUUGCUCGCGAACACCUCAGUAACGGCCGCUGUGAGAAGUUGCUGGGCGAGCAGCCUGACAGGCCAAGGCCCGCCGCCGAUAAACUCGCUCCUGGAGAUAAAGGAGCGCGGCGGCGCUCCGGCUCCAGCAUUGUGGUGCUGGGCGGCGAAGAGGAGAAGCGCCCACCGCCGGAUGACGACCUCGAGAUGCUCACCAUGCUCUCCCUCACCUCCGACACCGGUCCCCACCGCGAGAUGCCGGUGGAUGUGCCGGAAAACUUCAUAGCGCGCAGCAAGACCCCGCCCCGGUACCCUCCGCCACGGCCCCCGCAGGUACUCACCCGCGCCCGCGACCACCAGCCUCUGCUCUCCAGCAAGCGCAGCGCAGCACGAGACAGCGACGUCUCUGAUACAUCCGACAACUCCCCACCUGCGUCCGACGCCUCCGGCAGCUUCAAAAACACAACUAUCGAACUCCUAUCACUACCACAAAGCGAUAGCUCAAUCAGUUACAGCAGCAAGCAAAGCAAAGCAUCUUUAGAGACUGCAAAAUGCGACCUCAUCUCUGAAUCAGAGUCAGUCGCGUCCAACAACACACACAACUUAAGCGACCACAAGAUCCAACUUCUCAUAUCUAACGGGCAAGAUUCCUUGAUAGAUUGUAGAGAAGGUGUGACGUAUUCCGCUCGCACUGACUCCGUACUUAUCCGAGAGGCUGUGUACGCGUCGUACAAGUUGCCGCCCGGAUUUGAUACGACCCCGGUGCUGUUGGGAAGGGAGGUCGCUGUCGACGUGCCGGAGAAUUUCGUCCAAAUUGUGAAAACGACGCCAAAGUACCCCGGUACCGUGGACAGAAAGAGUGUUCUGCAGCAGGUAAACGGCACUGCACGUGCGGUAGCUGGGGUACCAGUGUUAGGGGCGGGUGCUCCGGCAGUGCCGCCCCGAGAGGCAACAAGAGACGCCCCUCCACGACCACCCGCGCUCGACGUCACAAGGGACCAAAUUGAAUCUAUUAGGAAAUAUCAGGAACAAUUACGUCAACGUAAAGAGGCAGAGGAGCGGAUCGCCGCACAGAAUGAGUUCCUACGCACGUCGUUGCGUGGCUCACACAAGCUACAAGCGCUUGAGUCUACGCCCGCAGGCACCGCAUUCGUCAAUGAUGCAUACGAAGAGGAUAUCGACGAAAUCUCACCAUUGUAUACAGUUGUCGAUUACGAGGAUGUGAUAGCGGCCCUCUCGCGGCUGCAAUCUGCACUACAGGCGGCGGGCGCUGGGUGUGCGGGGUCGGCGAGGGGCGCGGCGGGCGCGGCCACGCUAUUGGCGGCAGCGGGGAGCCCGCUACGCGCCGCACUGCGCACGCGCUCCGCCGUACUGCGAGUACGACCACUACCGCCACCUGUCGGCCGCGCGGGGGACAGGCUAAGAGAUUGUAUAGACGCGCUGCGCCCCCUGGCGGCGGGCGACAAUGCGGCGUUGGCGGCCGAGCUACUCGCGCUGCUGGGCAGCUUAGAGCUGGAGAGCUUGGCGCAGGCGCACGACCAGGCCGCCGCGCUGCUUGACCCCGCCUGCUUCUCCCGUAACAAGAGAUUUAAGACUGGAAACGCAGAUCACAAGAACGGAGACACGACGCUCGCGUCAGACGACGCCAGCGAACAGAUCAAAAUCAUCAAAAUAGAGAAGACUAAUGAACCACUAGGUGCUACAGUGAGGAACGAAGGCGAGGCCGUCAUCAUCGGCAGGAUAGUGCGCGGAGGUGCCGCGGAGAAGUCCGGUCUGCUGCACGAAGGAGACGAGUUACUGGAAGUGAACGGGGUGUCGAUGCGAGGCAAGUCGGUGCACGAGGUGUGCCAGGUGCUGGGCGCGCUGGCGGGCACGCUGACGGUGGUGCUGGCGGCGGGCACGCGCACCUCGCAGCCGCAGCGCGCCGCGCACCGCGUGCUGCACGUUCGCGCGCACUUCGACUACGACCCUGAGGAUGACGUGUACAUACCUUGUAGAGAACUAGGCAUAAGUUUCCAGAAGGGUGACGUGCUGCACGUCAUCAGCCGCGACGACCCCAACUGGUGGCAGGCCUUCCGCGAGGGAGAGGAGGACCAGACCCUGGCCGGCCUCAUCCCCAGCCAGGCCUUCCAGCACCAACGGGAGUCGAUGAAGCUGACGCUGGCGGGCGAGGCGGCGGCGCGCGACAAGCCGCGCAAGGGCGGCACGCUGCUCUGCGCCAAGAAGCCGCCGCGCAAGAAGAAGACCAAGAAGGCCACCAGCGAGGCCGGCUACCCGCUCUACUCCACCGCCGCGGGGGAAGAGUACGAGCAGGAGGAGAUCCUGACGUACGAGGAGGUGGCGCUGUACUACCCGCGCGCCUCGCACAAGCGCCCCAUCGUGCUGAUCGGGCCGCCCAACAUCGGCCGCCACGAGCUGCGCCAGCGCCUCAUGGAGGACGCCGCGCGCUUCGCCGCCGCCGUGCCGCACACGUCGCGGCCGCGCAAGGAUCACGAGGUGCCGGGGCAGGACUACCACUUCAUCUCGCGCACGCAGUUCGAGGCCGACAUUCUCAACAGGAAGUUCGUCGAACACGGAGAGUACGAGAAGGCAUACUACGGCACGUCCCUGGAGGCGAUCCGCGAGGUGGUGAGCUCGGGCAAGAUCUGCGUACUGAACCUGCACCCGCAGUCGCUGCGGCUGCUGCGCGCCUCCGACCUCAAGCCCUACACCGUCUUCGUGGCGCCGCCCUCGCUCGAGAAGCUGCGCCAGAAGAAGAUACGCAACGGAGAAGCUUUCAAGGAGGAGGAAUUAAAAGAAAUAAUAGCGACGGCGCGAGAUAUGGAAUUGAGAUGGGGACAUCUGUUCGAUAUGAUUAUCAUCAACAACGACACGCAGCGCGCCUACCAGCAGCUGCUCAAUGAAAUCAACAGCCUCGAGCGCGAGCCGCAGUGGGUGCCUGCGCACUGGCUCAAGCACACCUAGCGCACGCCAGCACGCCAGCGACAACACGCCAGCGCCUGCAAACCAACGCCCGCACACCAGCGACACUCGGCCGUACAAAAGAACGAUUGUACGAAUCGAUUUAUCGAUCCUAAAGCCAAUACAUUUGCUCGCUUAUUUGAACGAGCGCGAAACUCCGCCUGUCGAUAGUGAUGUGAACAGUGAGAAGUGAAGAAGUUUAGUGAUGUGCUCCCAAAGCUACCUUGUUUGAAUAAAGGUAAACGUUUGGAUUUGAAAAAACCGGUUUUUCGCGAACCGAUAUUUGUGUAACGAAUAUUUCGAAUUACGAAAAUCGAAAUGAAUUCAAAUGCACGGAAAUGGAAUUUUAUUAACGGAAAGUUUUUUGAUCAUAAUUUGCCGAAUAUUUUGUUUGAUUAUCUUAUUUUUCCGUGUAAAAUUUAUUUAUCAAAAUUAAUAUAAGACGUAAAAUCGAAGUAUGAUAAUUUGUUUUUAAGCUGUAAUGGAUCAAAUCAAAGUCUUCCGAAUAUUCCGCUUUGAAAUAUACCAUUUCCGUGUAAAUAAGAAUGAAUGAAAAUGUAGGAAAAAUUCAGUCAUGACAGUAUAAUGCAAUAAUUCGCCCCGUGGUCUUAUUCUAGGAUUUAAUAAAAUGUGGUUAUCUUGUAUAGAUAGCAGGUUCAAAUAAAAUUAAUAACAAAUAUACUGCCUUAUUCGUAAACGUUGUAAAUUUAAACUGUUAAUGUUUAUUCAUUUAUCUAGAUGAAAAAAUGCGCAUGUCCAAAAGUUAUUAAACGCAUAUACUUUUCAAAUUAAACAACACAUUGGGAUAAAUUUUAAAAAGCAAACGAUAUUUAGUUUUUAGCAAAUGACAAACUUUAUUUUACAAACUUGAAAAGAUAUUCUUUGCAACUUCUGAUUUUAUUUCUCGUAUAAUGGUUAAUUUAGACUGGAUGUAGAAACAACCUUCUUACCUCGUGGUCUUUUUUUUACAUACAGAUGCUUUUUUCUUAACCGUAAAUUUUAGUGAUGUGCCUUUGAUUAAUUUAACCAUAAACAAUAAAACGGAAUUUAUAGUUUGAUAUAAAAUAAGAAAAAACCUACUAACCAUAAACUUGUCUAUUGUCAAAAUUUAUACCGUAGAAAUAAAAAAUAUAGAAUUUUUCAAAAAUCAUAAGUAGAUAGCCUUUGUGAAUUUCUCUUUUUAAGACGAGAGAUAUUACUCUUUUGAAUAGAAAAUUUAAAUCAUUGAAAAUUUGACUAAAAUUAUAUCGCUAUAAUAGUGAGUAGAGAAGCAAUAUUUUGUAUCCAUGCAAUCUCCUAUACAACGACAUAUCUGUUUUUAUAUAGCAAUUAAAAACGGCCAAAUUAAAACUCCUUUUUGUCUAAUAUACUACUUUAAAAUAAACAUAUUUUCUGCUUACAUUAUUCAAUUUAUAUUGUAUAACAAAAACUAAUAGAUAUCCGUUAUUUUACAUUACGAAAAAACCGGUAAUUUUCGAAAAUAGUCAAGGUCAUUUGAGACGUUUCGAAAUUGCUUCUUGUAAUUUUGUCACAAACUUUUGUCAUUUAUAUUAGUAGGGAUUUGUUACAAUUUUAAAUGUUCUAUUCAAUAUUAUAUAUUCUAUAUUUUAUUGGAUUGAAUGAAUUUUGUGAUUAUUUUAUUGGAAUUUUACCCAAUCGUAGUUUUAAUCAAAUCAGAAUUUAUUAGAAUCGAUUACAAUAAUAUUGCGAUACUUAAUUUGUUUAUAAAAUAAUGUUUUAAAAACUAUUUAUAAAACAAGUUUAUAAGUCCACGAUUUAUAAAUUCAAUUAAUGUUUAAGUAGAUAAUAUGCAUUCCAAAUGAUUAGUGCCAAAUGCAAAAUGGCCGCGAUCGAUUGCGGAUGUUGUAUGGAUUUUUCAUUUGACAUCACAAUUUAUAAAUAAACAAUGUUUAUUUUUUCGUGUACGUAGUAUCUCGGAUAGUGACCACUCUGUCGUGUGAUUUUUGGGAUAUAGUGUAAUAGUGUUUUUUAAAAUUGAUUGUGAAAAUGCGUUUUAUUGUAAUUUGUAAGUUAUGUAUCGGAGUAUAAAUUCAAAUAUAGCCUGUGGAGGUGCUAAAAUUGUUAACUGUUUUGUUCUAUCUUGUGUAUCUUAAUUGUUGGUCGGAGCGCGCAUGAAUCAAGUGAUGUUAUUGGACUAUACAAGCAACAUUGCUUCAUACGCGCUCUCGGCGAACACGGUCUUGUCGGGAUUUCACAGUAUUGAUAUUAUCUAAUUUAUAAAUAGCCCUGUAAAUAAUAUUAACAAUUGAAUAAAUAAUGAAUAUAUUAUAAAAACAUGUUAAUAGAGAACAAUUCUGUGUAAAUAAUAGAGUACCUAUUAAAUUUAAUAUCACAAAUA